AUGCCCAAACCUUCAACAAGCACUAAAAGAAAACGCAUGGAAGAGGCUUCAACAUCCUCUUCGAAUCAUCAAGACGAAGGCUCGGAUGAAUCCAAUAACAACCCUUUGGAAACAGCUUCCAAACAACCCAAAAUGACUGAAUCGGGAAUUGCUUCGGAACGAAGAUAUUUUAUAGAGUUUGUGAGUGGUAUUGACUCGGAAAAGACUGGAACGACCGUUGAAAUUGAUGCAAACAUGUCCAAAACACAAUUGAAUCAGCUUUUGAAUAGCAACUUGUUUUUGGACAAUGAAGAGGAAUUACCCUAUUCAUUCACCGUGAACGGAGAAGAAAUCGAAGCUUCCGUAAGAGAUACCUUGCUUUCAACACUUACAGAACAGUUGAGCUCAAAGAAUCAGAAUAGUUUAAAGAAGAGAGAAGAUAUGUUUGAUUUUGCAUCUACUCAGGAUGCUCCAUUACAAAUUGUGUAUCAUCCACAAGCAUUGUUUAGAGUUAGACCUGUCAGUAGAUGUACUUCUACACUUCCUGGACAUUCGGAAGCUAUUCUUUCAGUAAAUUUCUCUCCUAAUGGUGAACAGCUUGCCACAGGCUCGGGAGACAACACUGUCAGAAUUUGGGAUUUAAAUACAGAAAUGCCUCAAUAUACUCUAAAAGGUCACGAAAGUUGGGUAUUAUGUGUGGCAUGGUCACCAGAUGCGAAAAAGCUUGCGAGUGGUUGUAAGGACGGUUUAGUUAAAAUUUGGUAUGGAGACUCUGGCAAAAAAUGUGGAAAUGUGUUGAGAGGUCACAAGAAGUGGAUUACUGGCCUUACUUGGGAACCAUUUUUAACAUCAACAAAAUGCAGAAGAGUUGCAAGUUGUAGCAAGGAUGGAAUGAUUAUCAUUUGGGACGUGGUACUUUCGAAAAAAGAAUUCACUCUCUCUGGGCACUCAAAGGGUGUGACAUCAAUAAUGUGGGGCAUUAAUAACAUUCUUUAUAGCUGCUCUCAAGACUGCACAGUUCGGUUAUGGAAUACUGAAACAAAGCAAUGCACUCAAAUUUUGAGCGGACAUGCCCACUGGGUGAAUACUAUGUCCGUAAGCACUGAAUACUUUUUAAGAAGAGGAGCUUUUGAUCAUAACUGCGAACCUCUCCCACAAACUGAAGAGGAGAUUGAGAAACGGAGACAAGAUUUAUUAACCCUAUACAACAAGACUUUUGGAUCUCAACCAGUCCGAAUUAUUACUGGUUCUGAUGACAAUACCUUAAUUUUGUGGGAGCCUACAAAGAGCGACAAACCAAUCGCAAGAUUGACAGGUCACAAGGGUGUCGUGAAUCAAGUUAAAUUUUCUCCUGAUGGAAGACUCAUUGCUAGUGCAUCAUUUGAUAAGACCAUAAAGCUGUGGGAUGCACAGACAGGAAAGUACUUAUCCAGCCUUAGAGGACAUGUUGGCGCUGUUUAUCAAUGCUGUUGGAGCGGUGACAGCAGAUUACUUCUCUCAGCCAGCAAAGAUUCGACAGCAAAAGUUUGGGAUGUUCAAAAACGACAACUGCUUAAUGACAUGCCUGGUCACUACGAUGAAGUUUUUGCUGUAGAUUGGUCACCGGGAGGUGAUAAAGCUGCCAGUGGUGGAAAAGAUCGAGUUCUCAAAAUGUAA